GAAGGCUGUGAGGUUCUCCAGGAAACUCCCAGCAUGAAGCUUCUCGUUGCUGUCCUGUUCCUGUCUGUGCUAGGUGCCAAGGCCUCUCCCCUCGGUGAGGAACCCAGUCCAAGGCUGGACCAGAUUGCAGACACCAUCCAACAUUACCUGGAGCAACUUCUCAGAACGCUCGCAGAGCUGAUCCAGAAAUCCGAGCUGGCCCAGGAGAUCGAGGCAUGGAGACUCACUGGGAAAAUUUCUAACUUCUUUGAUGACCUAGACCGUAAAGUGCCCCCCAAGGCCAAGGAGCAGCUGAGGAACCUGAGCAGGCCGGUGGAAGAAAGUUUGUCACAGCUGUGGGAACUGGAGAGGAAGAUGCAGCCCUACGAGACGCAGCUGCAUGCUGUCCUGGUGUCCUACACCGAGGGGCCGCUGGAGAUGGUGGAGCGCUACAGCAAGACCCUGCUUGGUGGCAAGGUGUACAGCAUCAUCCCAUCUAGGGUGAAGCUGCAGGAGCAGCUGGGCUCCUAUGCCCAGGAGCUGGGGCUGCAGGAGUUCGAGCGUGGUCUGGCAGCCUACGCCAGGGACCUGCGCCAGAAGCUCAGCCCCUAUGCCGAGGACUUGCAUGGCUGGCUGAACUCCCGUUGGGAUGCCCUCAUGCAAUGUUUCAGUGAAGAGACCAGUGGGGGUGCCUCAUAGGCCUCGUCCAUACCUGGAGCCCAAGGCAAUCCCCUAGGAUUGAAGGGGGACAGCUCCUCUGUAAGGCACCCUGCAGCAGGCUCCCUUCCCCAUCCCGCCGUCCGUCGCUC